AUGAGCACCUUGGAGAACCCGGAUGUUGGUAUUGAAGAAGAAAUGGAAAAGAACAAUGAGAAAAUUAUCAGCGAAUCUAUGGAAUUACCAGAGUCCGAACAGGUGGAAUAUGAAAAUGUUACCGAUGAGUCCGCAGAAAUAUCUCAGAGCCAACGGACGGACCAUGAAGAAACUAUUGGCGAAUCUCCGGAAUUGACGCAGUCCCAGCAGGAAGAACAAACUCUGGGCGACGAUAAUGAAUCAUCUCGUUUGAUAGAAGAAAAGAUUACGGAUGAAACGGUCGCCGAAUCCUUAAAACUGCCACCGGAUCAAGAGCAUCCAGGAGAAGAGGAAAUUUCGGAUGUUAACACGGAACCAUCUCAUGUAAUCGCACCCGAAAGUCACCUUGAAAGUCAUCCUGAAAUUAGCUCGGAUCAGGAGCAGAAAAAUGAGGAAGAAGAAGAGAGGGUUCACGAGAAAGAGGAUGAAGAAGCACCACAAGCAGAAUAUGUGGAGCAUAAAGAGAUUCAAGAAUCCAUACCGGAAGAAAAAGAGCCUGAAGAACCUAUGACGGAGGAGAAAGAAGAGAAGUCCGAAGAAGCUCCAGAGGCUCAUCAGGAUGAAGAAGAACGAACGGAUACAGAGCAGGAAAUUCCUGGAGAGAUGGAGGACACGUUAUUUGUAAAUAAGAAAAUCCUAAGGGGAUUAGCAAAACGAAUUUUCAAAACCUUAACCUAUGUUCCUGAAACCGAGCCCUUCUCGGCGACUAAUGCGCUUAUCACCGCUCUCAUGAAGGUUCUCAACGAUCUAUUGGAAGACGAUGAUGGUGUCCACUUAUCAAUAUUCUCCGCCGAAUCGGCUACUCAUUUCUCAUUAACCCUAACCAUAGACGGCCGACUCUCUCCUCAUCGCCCGCAACCGGCGGCACGUCUCUGCUGUUCCUUCCGUUCCGACUACUUGAUGAAUGCUUCAGUAGAAGAACCGCCUGCAUCCACAGAUAAAGCAACAGCGGCCGCCGAAGCGGAAGGACCGCAGGAGGAUUUUGAAGAGGAAGAGGAUAUUGUAACGGCUAAACGAAGUCCGACUCCACCCACUGACAUUGAGACUGAACAACGCCACAAAGAGGAAGCAAUCAUCAUCGAACAGAACCUUGAAACUCAAGAACUCUCAGCACCAGACAAAGAGGAAGAAAACGAGGAGGUGGUAAAAAAAGAGCCAGACUUGAACGAGGCCGGAACGUACAGCAUUGAUCAUCAUCCUGAAACUCUUCGGCAAGAAGCUGUAGAAGAUUCAAGUACUGUUGUACAGGAGGAAGAAGUUAUGGAUUCGUUUUUGAUCGGCGACCAGACAGCGGAGCCGAUGGUUAUGCUGCAGAAUGUCGCGGAUUCCGCACCACAUCACGGCGAUAAGGUCGACGUUCGAAGUGAGAUGAUUGUUAAAAAUCACGAAACUGAACGGGAAGACACGGAAAUGGAACUACGCAGUGAAACAAUUGCUACGGAAGCUGAAAAUAUUAGAGCAAUCGAAGCCGGCGAUUUUCAAUCAACUGCAGGGGAGAUCACAGAUGUUCAGCCGAAAACACCUGAGCCAAGUGUGGAGGAAUCGAAGGAGGACACCGAAAAUGCGGCUCCAACAAAACCAGCCAGCCGAUUAGUGCGACCACCUAAUCGUGUGAUCCAUACUGCUCCACAAGGCCAAACAGCGAAUCGAACUCAAUCAGUUACUAGACCGAGUACUGCUAUGCCAAGACCGCCAGCAAAUGCUACGAAAUACAUCAAACCACCAGCACCGAAGAUUACUGCGAGAGCUAUGGCAAAGAGUGAUGCAGCGGUGAAAAAACCAGCAGCACGAACGCAAUCACAGCAGCCACGACCAACUCCGGAAGCAAAGACCGUCAGUCAACCGAAUACACCGAAAGUUUACAGGAAAGUCGUUACAGUCUCGAGUAAAAUCGGCUCGUUCACCGAUCACAAACCACAAGGUGGUAAUGUGCAGAUCUUCUCCGAAAAUCGAACCUAUAACGCGCAAUCGAAGAUCGGCUCACUUCACAACGUCACACACACUCCGGGCGGCGGUAAUGUGAAGAUACCAAACAUGAAGUUGGAUUUCAAAGAGAAAGCUAAGCCAAAAAUUGAAGCAAAAUCUGAUUACGUGCCACCGGUGCCGGAAAAGAAGAUGAUCACGCAAAAAUUGAACUGGAAUGCACAUUCAAAAAUUGGCUCAUUGGAUAACGUGAAACAUAAGCCGGCAGGUGGUAAUGUACAGAUUCUCAAUCAAAAGCUGGAGUGGCAUGCCACAAGUAAAGUCGGCUCCAAAGAUAAUAUCAAGCACAAGCCUGGCGGUGGAAAUGUGCAGAUAUUCGACGAAAGGAUACAGUAUGUGUCGACGAAUCGUAGAUCGAAUAGUGGAUCUCUGGGUAAUGUCAGCAAUCAAUCACGAAAUUCCCGUAACGCUAUCGAUGUGCUCGAUUUGUGA